GUGACGCUGACCCCUCCCACCGCGACCAUUCAGUUCAAGGUGGCCGAGACUCCACCUACCUCGUCCAACAUGUUCUUGCAGCCUGCCAUGGGUUCGGAGGUUGGCAUGAUGUCUCAGACGACUUUCAUUUGGACACUUGCCGACACGCCUCCGAACGAGGUGAAGUCGUUCGACCUUGUUCCUCUACUGAUGGUCGAGGAGUCAUCUCAACUGCUGCAGGGCCAGGAGCUCCAUAACUUGCGAAAAGUGGCUGACAAGUAUUUGCUUCCGGUAGCUUCUGCGAAGGAGACGAUCACGGUCAAGUGUGAGCAGAGAUCGGUUGGCAGCAUUGCGGCCGAAACAUUGCCAUGCACCUUUGCUGCAGCCCUUGGCUUCAACACACCGACGUUCAGCACCGGAGAGAUGGUGGUACUGCUGGUUCAAUGGUCAGACGGUGGUCUCACGCACAAGAUCUUUUCACCUGCAGUCCAGAUUGGAACUGCCCGAAGGCGCCUGCAAGCCGGAUCAGGACCUCCUGCGGCACUGCCGCAGAAGGCAGCGGCAGCGGUGGCAAACACUGAUAACGUGAACGGCACACACCCGGCACCGGAUUGUUCACACGAGGAUCUAAAGUUCAACUUUGGGCAGGGCAUGGAGUUCAGGGUGGAGGUCAUGAGCAUGGGCGUCCCAAAGGAUUUCCCCGAAAUGUACACCAACCCCAACGCUGGCCCACUGUACGCAAGUCCUUGGGCUGCGAUGGAGGGCACAGCACCUGCCAUGGCAGCAGAGGACUUUUUGCCAGAUGGAGCUUGCGACAUGGGCUUCUGCGACACUCAGCUGCCUGGCUGUGGGCAGAACGGCUUCAAGAAGCUGCACUUUCCGAAGCUAGUUUUCAACUUCAGCAGGGCCUUCCAUUUUUCCGCGAACGAGACGACGCAGCAGCAGCACAACAUGAUGAAGGAGGCUAUGGCGUGGGCUUUCUCGGCGAUGCCAGAGGCUGUCACCGUCAUGCUCCAGGAGCUGGAAGCACAAGAGAAGGAGAAAAAGAAGCAGACGGCCGUUCCGAACUAUGGCUUCGGCAACUACGGGAAUGCUGGUCCCGUCAACCAGGGUGCUGGUCAGCCGGGCCAGCCAAACUGGUUCGGUGCACCGUCGCAGACAAGUGCGAUUGCCAACACCCAGCAGAUGCCGAGCGCUUUUGGAAAAUGGUGGAACACACAAAGAAGGUUGCGAGAGCGACCACAACGUGGCAUCGACCAAGAUGGAAACAUCGUGGACAUGCCUACGAAGCUGCUUUCGCACCAGGUUCAGGUGGAGUUCAGCGAGGGACUUCCAUAUGCCGUCAGCCAUGAGCUGUUAAGCAGGAUGGUGCGUGGGCGCAUGUUCCAAGUUGAUGAUGGCUCGAGCAACAAGCUGGGCAAGCUGCAGAUUACUGGGUUUUACCUUCAAGAUAUGGGUACGGUAAGCAUACCUCAACGCGAUGGUGCAACACCUCGAUUCGACGGAGGUGGCUCUCCGGCCAUGUAUGGUCUUAUUGCAUCUGUGAUGGUGGCUCUGGGUACUGCGAUGGCGGUACUUCUAGCUCUUCGUGGAAAGAGCUCGAGUGGCUAUCUACUCCAGACCGCUGACGGAGAAGGUCUGGAAUAA